UUAAGCGAUGGGGGGCUGGGGAUCGAAUCUGGGGAGAAAAUAUAGUUUCUAUUGUUUUGGGAUGGUUUCAGGGAUUAAGUGUCUGUAUGUAUGGGCUGAGUAGGCACAAUCACAUCAUUAUCAAAUGUGAAUUGGGGAUUUUACCUCCUCCACCCAUACCAUACAGACCCUUAACCCUGAAUCCAAAGCUCUGAGAGAGACAGAGAGAGAGAGCACUUUGUUUGUUUGUUUGCAAGUUGACCAACACACAUAUGCACUCUGAUUUGGUCCUGAUCGAGCAUUCGGAGACUUGAUAGCAAAGUCUGGUAUAACAGAUGAAAUGCUAGACAGUCUGAUAGCCUUGAAGGAUUUCCAAGGGGUCCAGGGCUUGCCUCCUCUGGCUGAGAUUGAGAACCUGCGACGUGAGAAGAGUUCUAAGAAGUCUUCAAGAGCUGAGAUAGAACUCCAGAUGCAAGAGGAGAUUGCCAAAUCGAGGGUCAGACAAGUGGAUGAAACUGGGAGAGCGUAUGGAACCGGGAGAAGAAAAUGCAGCAUUGCCCGUGUUUGGAUAGUCCCUGGCAAAGGAAAGUUCCUUGUUAACGACAAAGAGUUCGAUGUCUAUUUCCCUAUGCUUGAUCACCGUGCCGCUCUUCUCCGCCCGCUUGCUGAAACCAAAACAUUAGGUAGUUGGGACAUUAACUGCACUGUUAAUGGCGGUGGAACUACAGGUCAAGUUGGAGCUAUUCAAUUGGGUAUCAGCAGGGCAUUGCAAAACUGGGAACCAGAUAUGCGGACAGCACUUCGAGCUGCUGGUUUUUUGACAAGAGACUCGAGAGUUGUGGAAAGGAAGAAACCUGGAAAAGCCAAGGCAAGAAAGAGUUUCCAAUGGGUCAAACGUUAAAGCCGUACAGAUAUAUCUUCUCUUUGUCUCUGUCUUCAUUCACUGGUUGAUCUACUUAUACCGGGUUUGGAAGAAUCACCGGAAAAUUACUUUUUUUUUUCUUUUGGUCCAGUUGCUUGGUCUUUCUUGUGUACCAACACUUGCCUCUGUUACGACUCUUGAGUCCUGGAGACAUGAGUUACGUUGGUUAGCGAUUCAGGACGCAUAGUUUGUAUGUUUUUGUUUUCGUUUCUUCAAAAGGUGCAUUGAUAAAGAAGAAACCUUGUAUACUCUGAGUUUCUUGUCAGACUAGUGAAAUGAGAGAAAUAAUAACACUA